CGACAACGGCACGCAGCUCGCUCUCCUGUUGCCCUCCCAACUCCGGCUCCAACUCCACCGCCAGAAGCGGCUCCUCCUCCUGUCCUCCCCGUCCCGGAUAGCCGAUCCACCGCCGGGAGAAGCUACUCGGGUCCUCGUCGUCGUCGUGGAGAGACGAAAGCGGGCGGGGGAGCGCCGGCAUCGCCAUCGCCAUCGGCUUCGCCGUCGGCGCCAGGCCGCCAGCGACACGAAAGCGUGCAUCGGCGCACCAGGCGCGCGGUUAAGAUUUCAGAAGGACGGCGGGCGCCAUGCAGGUUUGGGGUGCUCAGUUGACCUCACCAACACCUCUUCGGCGAGAACCAUGGCCGCUAUUCGGUGGAUGCUCCGAGUCUACACGAGAUAGCUGUUGCUUCUUGGGGAGUCAGAAACCAUUAUGUAAAGCACAGUGCUCUCAGGUGUCACAUUCUAGCUCUACAACAGAUGCAGCUCAUCUUCAGAAGGAGGACAUGAAUUCUUGUGUUGAUAGGCCAACAUCCUAUCUGCACGUGCAAACUCUUAGGGAUUUCCCAGUUGAAAAGCUUUUUGGAGAGGUGGUCCUGGUCCGACUUGAUUCUGUAAUACUACUGGACCCUCUAGGCUCAUGCAAUUUGUCACUGAAAAGGACACUAUCAACUAUCAAAUACCUGUACAAAGCAGGAGCCAAAGUGCUUCUAGUUACCAGUUGGGAUCCAGUGCUCCAAUCUGUCAUGCCAGUGCUAAAUUCAACUGAAUCUCUUGCAGACUACCUGUCACCGCUUCUUCAAGCAAAGGUCAUCCCAGUGAAUGGUGUCCCUUGUUUAACAUCAUUUAAGAAGGAAGAGUGGGUGCAGAAUGAUAUUAUCUUGUUUGAAAAUCUUUUGAACUUCAGGGGAGAAAAUGCAAACUGCAUUAAUUUUUCUCAGAAGCUAGCUUCAGGUGCUGCAGUUUUUGUGAACGAUUCUUUCUCAAUGUCUCAUAAGAUUCGUGCAUCAACUGUUGGCAUCACUCGCUUCUGCUACGCAUCUCUUGCCGGUUUUCAGUUUGAGGAGGAGCUUAUGCAAUUGCUAAAGAUGACAGACACCACAAGGCGCCCAUACAUUGCAAUAAUUGGAGGCAGCAACUUCUUGAGAAAAGCAACAGCGCUGCAUCUGUUAGCCUCUCAUUGUGAUGGGUUGUUCCUUGUUGGCAAAUUAUCAUUUCAAAUAAUGAAUGGCCUUGGAAUUCCAGUGCCCUCUUGUUUGCUGGAAAGAAAUGCAACCAAGGAAGUGCUACAACUUAUCCAAAUAGCUCAUAAUAGGAAUAUUCCUAUUUAUUACCCAACAGACUUUUGGUGUUUGAACAGCAAUAACAAUGAAACACUAGAAAUAUUUGACUCAGCUGAACUAUUGUCUGGAUUAAGUGCUUUGGGCUGGACACCAGUUGAUAUAGGGCCAUCAACACUGGAGACAAUUUCUUCAUUAAUGCCAUCAUACAAGAAGAUCCUAUGGAUCGGUCCUACAAGCUAUGAUGCAACAAAAGAAGUUUCUGUUGGGGCAAUACAGCUAGGUCAGAUACUGGACAAAGCAAGUCAUAAUAGCUGUGAUGUUAUUUUAGUAGGAAGUGCAGCAUGCAAGGCAGUAAAAGGGAUAUCAGACUCCUCAUCACAAUACACAACCUUUGAAAAUGGAUCUAUUGUAUGGGAAUUUCUCAAAGGAAGAAUAUUGCCUGGUAUUGCAGCAUUGGACAAAAGUUACCCCUAUAAGAUCUCAUGGGAUGAUGUCUUCUCUGACCCUGAACAACCAUUGUUUGUUGAUAUAGGAAGUGGAAAUGGUUUGUUUCUAUACCAAAUGGCUAGAAACUGGGAUGGUUCAAAUUUUCUUGGGCUUGAGAUGAAUGAAAAGCUUGUUAUAAGGUGCCUUCAAGAAGUAGCAUCAGCUGGGAAAAGAAAUUUAUAUUUUCUAUCAACAAAUGCAACUUCCACAUUUCGCUCCAUUAUUUCAAGUUAUCCUGGACAGUUGACUCUCGUCACAAUACAGUGCCCAAAUCCUGACUUCAACAAAGAGCAAAAUAGGUGGAAAAUGGUACGAAGAAUGCUCGUCGAAGCUGUUGCCGAUCUUCUUCAGAUCAAUGGGAAGAUUUACUUACAGUCUGAUGUGGAGUCCGUCCUGCUCGGAAUGAAAGAGCAGUUCAUCUCACAUGGCAAGGGCCUGCUUGUGGUGGACGGGGAUGACGAUGGCAAUGACCAGAUAGAGAAUCCGUUUGGCGUAAUGUCGGACUGGGAGCGCCAUGUCCUGGCUCGCGGAGCUCCAAUGUACAGAACGAUGCUACGCAAAGUGUGAAAGCUUCACAUUCUGAGAGUGAAGGCAUGAUUCUCUUAGUCCUCUAUUCCAAGAAACUCGUAACUUUCUCAAAAUUGUACUAAUAAUCCUUAUAUGUCCAAGUUGUCCAUUCAGUAAAAAAAAAAAAACUGGAAGAUAAAAGGCAAAUCAAUUAUCUGCUGA